AUGGAAUACUCCGGCUUUGUUGAAGAAUAUCCCUGCAGCGCCUCAGAUAUUGAUAGGUAUGCAUCUAUAUCCGAUGAGGACGGCAAGUUCUGGGGCUCUGCUCUCCCCGAGCAUUUGCGACUACCCGUCCCAGUGAUUGCACCAGGACCAGCAAACCCGGAUGUGCCCAUUGCGCCAAUGACUUUGGGGGAAAACGAUCCUUUGCAUUCCGAGGUCACUCCGCCUCAAGAUGCCCAAUUUCUUGCGCCCAACCAGGGCAAUGUAGCACCCUCCUUACAUGCUUCACCGUCAUCGGCGCCAGCAAGCCCAGCUGAACCAAUGGGGCCAAUGGCACCGCAGUCAUCUUCCGAUGAGGGAUAUCUAUCCUUGUUGCAAAAUUUAAAGGGCCACAUUCUUCCACCCAGCCAUUGCAAUGGCGCAUCCUGCUUGGAUGCUUCAUAUCUUGAGUCAGAUUCAUCGGCCCCAGCAAUCCUCACCGGAUCAAUAGGCCCAAUCUCAGAGCAGCAACUUCCCCUCGAGGAACAUUCAAAUUUUUCGCGCACAAUCAAUCCCCCAUCCUUCACACCCAGUCUGGUCGACGAAAGCUCCCCAUCCUCACUGCAAUCAUAUGCAUCGCCAUCAACUAAUCCGGCUGGAUCAAAUGUGCCGAUCCCGUACAUGGCGCUUACUCCUGGAGAAUUUGAACAAUUUCAGGCUUCAAAUGCAUUUCCCACAGCCAUUCCGCGUACAACCAACUUCGCCGAAGGCUGCCCCCCUUUCUUGGCAUCAGAUCCAUGGAUUUUGACCAACCCGGCCGGGUCAUCUCCAUCGGUGGCAGUGGGUCCUCAACGCCACGCCUCUAGGCCAUCCCCAUAUGCAUUGUCACAAUACGAAAACGCUACUGCAUUCAGUCCGCAGAUGGCAAUGGGUACACAUGCUCAUUUUGAUGCCCGUCAGUUCGCGCCCAGUGUGGCCAAUGGCGGCCAGGCGACAACGUUCCGGUCCUCACAUGCUCCUCAACUGCCACGCCAUGCAAAUGGUAUUCGAGCCGCGGCAGCCGGCAUAGUUGCCCCCGGCCCCUCUUCCCUUGCCAGCCAAGCGGAAUUUGUUGGCGCAUCCAAAAAGACUGCCAAUGUUUCCCAGUCUGUAAAAACAGUGCGGGCGAAAGGCAAACGAGCCGCUGAACCAACUGAAGGCGAUCAGUCAGACGAACCACAAAACAAGAAGCCACGUUGCAUGCUAGGCGAAGAUUCAGCAGUCGAUAAGCAUGUGCUCGAGUGGCCGCAUGGGAAAUUACAAUGCCUUGCCUGUCUCAACAAGGGCGUGACAAAAGUGUAUGAGAGGAAAGAUCUCUACAACUUGAGGCGGCACCUCAGGGGUCCGCACAAAAUUGAUCCGGGACCCUCGUAUGAAUGCACGUUCCCUAAAUGUGAAAAAGAAUACAAGCAUUUAAGUGACCUGGUGAAACACCAGGCGAAGUGUAAAAAUCGACCUUAG